AUGGGACAGCGGGCACAGAAGGCCCAGAAGCAUCCCGUGCAGCAGAGACUGUCGCAGCCCAGUGAGGAGCCCAGGAUGUUCCUGAAGGCUGUGGUGGUGACCCUGGCCCUGGUGGCUAUCACCGAGGCCGGGAGAGAGGUGCAUGUUCACGACUUGUUUGCUGUUCUCUGCCCAGGCACCCGGGCUGAGGUCGAUGCGGACCAGGUUUCCACUGUGAUGUGGCAAUUAUUCACUCAGCUAAGCGACAAUGCCAAGGAGGCUAUGGAACAAGUCCAGAAGUCAGACAUUACCCAGCAGCUCAACACCCUCUUCCAGGACAAACUUGGGGGCAUGAAUACAUAUGCAGAAGACCUGCAGAAGAAGCUGCUGCCCUUUGCCAUAGAAAUGAACGAGCGCCUGACCAAGGAUGCAGUAAGGGUAAAGGAAGAGAUCCAAAAGGAGCUAGAGGACCUACGCGCCCGCAUGAUGCCCCACGCCAACACAGUGAGCCAGACAAUCGGGGACAACAUGCAGAAGUUGCAGCAGCACCUGAAACCCUAUGCUGAGGGGCUGCAAACCAAGGUCAACACACAGGCCCAGGAACUGAAGCGCCAGCUGACGCCCUACAUGCAGCGCAUGCAGACCACCGUACAGGAGAACAUGGACAACCUGCAGGCCUCAAUGAUGCCCUAUGCCAACGAGUUCAAGGACAAGUUUAACCAGAAUGUGGAAGAGCUCAAGGGGCGCCUGACCCCCCGUGCCAGCGAGCUGAAGGCCACAAUCGACCAGAACCUGGAAGAUCUGCGCAGAAGCCUGGCCCCCCUGGCGGAAGGUGUGCAGGAGAAACUCAACCACCAGCUGGAGGGGCUGGCCUUCCAGAUGAAGAAGAACGCCGAGGAGCUUCAGACCAAGGUCUCUGCCAACGUCGACCAGCUGCAGAAGAAACUGGCACCGCUGGUGGAAGACGUGCACAGCAAGCUGAGGGGCAACACCGAGGGACUGCAGAAGUCUCUGGAAGACCUGAACAGCCAGCUGGACCAGCAGGUGGAGGAGUUCCGACGCACCGUGGAGCCCUUGGGGGAGAUGUUCAACAAGGCUCUGGUGCAGCAGAUGGAACAGUUCAGGCAGCAGCUGGGCUCCAAUUCGGGGGACGUGCAAGGCCACUUGAGCUUCCUGGAGAAGAGCCUGAGGGAAAAAGUCAGCUCCUUUAUGGGCACCCUGGGGAAGAAGGAGAGCCCAGACCAGCCCCUGGCCCUCCCCCUCCCCGAGCAAGUCCAGGAGCAGGUGCAGCCCAACCCCCCCAACCCCGUGGAGAGCUGA